AGUAUAAGAAAAAUAAACUUGAAGUACUUGCAAAAAUGCUUGAUCAAUCAUUUCAUUCAAUGAUGAUGAAAAAAAUAUGUAGUUGUGAUAGCAAAUUAAGGGAGUUCUUAAUUGGUUUAAUUAAUGACAAAGCUUCAUUUGCUGUAACUAGUAAAAGUUAUUGUAACAAUAAUUCCUCAACCAAUAUUUUUGAUGAAGUAGAGAAUAAAUGGAAAGCAAUAAUCAGUGAAUCAUUCACAUUACAAAUUGCACCUAUUCUUGUACAAGGGAGUUCAACUGAAGGUGGUUCAUCAGCUCGUUUAGCCAAUCCGACAUUAAAGACUAUUAUUGAGUUUGAAAUAGAUCUAAACAUUAUUAUUGGAACAGUGAGUCAAAUGCAGUUUAAAACUUGCUACGAAACGUUGGAUAAAAAUAAAGCUUUUUUUCAUUAUGUUAUUAAAAACGACUUCGCAAAUGAUAUCAAUAUAUGUAUUCAUAUACCAGAAAAAUUUGAAAAAAAAAUUAGUUGCUUCUGUCUCUGACUCUUUGCAUACAGCUCAAGAUAAAAAAUGUUUGUCUGGUGUAGUAUUGAAAAAGUUCUUUCAUAACAAACAACCGACAACAAAGAAUCCACUUAAAACCAUAAGUGUGAGAGGAUUCGAAGGAAUUUUUAGUGAAGUAUUAAAAAAGAAAAUUGAAGGUUGUUCAGCUUUUUUAAGAUUUAGUACUGAGAAUCUUUCUAAAGGAGAUACAACAAUGUAUCUUACCGAGUUAGUCAGCUUAACGAGACAACAAAUCAACCAUUUAAAUAACAAAUUUGAUUAGUUUAAUGAUGUUGAUUGUGAGACUAUUAAAACUCUCCUAACAUGCUUGAAUGAAGUCCAAAGGCUAAAAAUAGUCCUAAUGAAAUCAGACGGUUCACCAAAUAAUUCUGAUAUUUUAUCGACCAAUAAAGUUUGGAACUUCACUUUACGAACCAGUCAAAUUGUAAUCCCUAUUUUAUCUGAAAAUGAAAGCAUUCUUGAAUGUAAAGGCAAAUUAGAUUCACAGAUUUCUAAAAUUUCUGAUGUUAUUGAAAAUUGGGUUCAAUAUGUAUCUGCACUUCACGAGUCAUAUAAGGAGUUAUACAAGUUUUGUUUUGACAUUAAAACUCUUCUUCCGCAUCAUUUCGAUACUUUGAAAACGUUUCCUGAUUAUUAUAGAACUUAUUUUGAUGGAUUUAUUUCUGAUUAUAAUAAAAACAAAAGCAAUAACGAAGAAAUCGUAAAAAUGGCUACUAUAAUUUGUCAUAUAACUAAAGAUGUAGGCUUAAGUAAUCAGAUUGUUUUAAAACAAACUUUUAGUGAAUUCAUUGAACCCGAACUAACCGCUGCAAUUAGUUUACUAGAAAAAAGUUUAAUUUUAACAAAAAAUGAUUUUGUUUCGACUGAAAUUCUUAUUGAUAAUGUUCCAUGCUUUUAUGCGCCAUUUUGGCCUGAUGCAGCUUCUUUCUGGGUCAAUCGGAAUAGAUUUUGGCCUGAUUCGCAGCUUGUAGGAUCAAUUUACAAAAAUGGUUUUCAUAUCGUACCAAAGUCUUUACCAGAUGGCGACGAGAGGUUGGAAUGGCAGUUGUCUUUUUCUGCAGCAGAAUCUGUUUUAAGUCUCCAUCGAAGCGAGAAACAAAAUUACAUUUACUUUCUUUUCAAGUCAUUGUUUUACAAAUAUGUAAAAACAUACAGUCAUGAAAAGUCAUUACCCACGUAUAUAUGCAAAACUGUGAUGAUGUGGGCUUGUGAACAACAACCCCAGUCAUGGUGGGAACAAGUAUCACCUGAGAAUGGAGUUUUGUUCUUGAUAAGAAAGUUUGUUAAUGGUAUUAAAAAAAAAGUUAUAAAACAUUACUUUAUCGAAGGAUUGAAUUUAUUGGAACACUUUCCAUCUUUUAUUUUGGUUCUUACUGAAUUGAACUUGUUUAGUUUAAUAACAGAUUUAGUUAAAAAGUUAAAUGCCUUAUUAAAAAGUAUGAGUGCAGGAAUAAAUAUUGUUUACGAAAAUUUAAUAAAAAAACAAACUCAUUCUUUAAAAAUUUCUGUUGCAUUUUUAUACCAACAAAAAAUUGUGUCAAAAUUAAAUUUUGCUUUGGAAAGUUUAGUUAAAUUGUUUUGGUAUUAUUUUUUAAUAAAACGUACGCUACUUACGAAGAAAUAUCACGCGUAAAAAAUGAAAUAAUUAUUCAAGCUCAGUUUGUUGAUAUACUUGCUAAGUUUUUGCAGUUAAAAGAAAAUGAAGAAAUAAGAUUACUAUAUUCUGUACAAAACAAAAAGCUUGCUAACCUGAUGCUGCAGAUUAUUGCGUUGGACAAAACAGUAGCGAGUUAUUUCGAUGGGUUAUUAGCGGUAAAUCUUCUCAGUUGUGUCAUAUGCGAUGUUUGCGCUGCCAAAAUUAUGUGUAAUAGCAAGCGAUAUUCCUGCUCAAAAUGUGCACCUGCCGGUGGUUUUGAUAUUUGUUUAAACUGCAUUAAAAAAAACAACAGUUUAAAUGUAAAAGUAUGUGAUACUGAAGCGGAAAGCGAAUAUGAAUGUUAUCAACAACAAAACAAAUCUCUAGAAAAAUAUAAAAUUGAAAAAAUUUGUAAAGAGAAUACUUUAAAAUAUCUAUUUCAUGAAAUAUUUUCCUCUCUGGAAAAAAUAGCAAAAUACGUUCCCGAAUUCGAUAUCGAAAAGUUUGAUCAAACUUAUAGUUAC